AUGAACGACCAAAAACGGAUGAAGGAGCUUGUCUCGGGCCUGAUGGUUGCGGCCGGAACAAUAUCGGCCUAUUUCCUAAUCAAAGAACUCGUCGGGCCAUACUUUGCGAAGCUUGUCGACCCCGACCGAGAGAAGAACGAGCAAGCGAGUCUUAGGGCCCAAGCGAACCUCCAGAGGAUACGCCGGAGACGGGUCGAAAAUGGGGACGACGGCGAAGAUGGCACAGAUGCCUCACAACAUACAAACAGGGUAGAGGACCUGGUUCUCAAUGAGUAUGAGAAUCAAGUAGCCCUUGAAGUCGUUGCGCCUGAAGACAUUCCUGUCGGCUUUGGCGCCGUUGGCGGCCUCGAAGACAUCAUCGAGGAGCUCAAAGAGUCCAUCAUCUACCCCUUAACCAUGCCGCAUCUUUAUCGCCACGGAGGCGCGCUGCUGGCGGCGCCCUCGGGUGUGCUGUUGUACGGACCACCGGGCUGCGGCAAGACGAUGCUGGCCAAAGCAGUAGCCCGCGAGAGCGGCGCCUCCUUCAUCAACCUCCACAUCUCAACUCUGACGGAAAAAUGGUACGGCGACUCGAACAAGUUGGUUCGCGCCGUGUUCUCGCUAGCCAAGAAGCUGCAACCAUCAAUCAUUUUUAUCGACGAGAUCGACGCUGUUCUGGGGACACGGAGGAGCGGGGAGCACGAGGCGAGCGGCAUGGUCAAGGCCGAGUUCAUGACCCUCUGGGACGGCCUCACGUCGACGAAUUCUGCCGGUGUUCCCAACAGGAUCGUGGUACUUGGCGCAACCAACAGAAUCAACGACAUCGACGAGGCGAUCCUUAGGAGGAUGCCCAAGAAAUUCCCCGUACCGCUCCCUGGCAUGGAACAACGACAGCGCAUCUUGCAGCUCGUCCUUGGCGACACGAAACGCGAUCCCGAGAACUUCAACAUUGACUACAUCGCAAGGGUUACCGCCGGCAUGUCUGGCAGCGACAUCAAAGAAGCAUGCAGAGAUGCGGCCAUGGCCCCCAUGAGAGAGUACAUCCGCCAGCAUCGGGCGUCGGGGGCAGCCAUGUCGCGGGUGGACCCCAAUCACGUUAGGGGCAUCAGGACCGAGGACUUCUUUGGCCGGCGCGGCGGUCGAAUCCUUGCCGAAACGCCGUCCCGCCAAACGAGCACUGUCACUGCAGCGCCGGCUAAGGAGGUGUCAAGCGACGGGUUUGAGGACGUGGAAGAAAGCGAAGAUGAACAAGUAACGACAUCCACCUAG